CCUUAAACUUAAUUACUCUCCAAAUCAUCAUCCCUGUACUCACCUGUCUAAAUUGGCAGAUCUCUUGGCAAUGGCUCCAGCUGCUUUCCACCUCAAUCCAGUCUGUGUCAUGGACGCUUCAGGCAGCCUAGGCUCCGCCUUGGUUCACCGGCUGCUCAAAGGGGGUUACACCGUACAUGCUGCCAUUCAAAGCCAUGGUGAUUUAAGACUUGAUGGGCUAAGUUCCAGUGAAAAUAAAAAUUUGAAGAUUUUCCAUGCGGACCCUUUUGAUUAUCAGAGCAUUAUUGAUGCUCUGAGAGGCUGUUCUGGUUUAUUCUACGCUUUUGAGCCACCACAAGAUCAACCCACUUAUGAUGAAUUCAUGGCGGAAGUGGAAGUUCGAGCAGCACACAAUGUUUUGGAAGCCUGUGCCCAAGUAGAAACAAUAGACAAGGUAGUCUUCACCUCAUGUGUCACCGCCGUUGUUUGGAGAGACGAUCGGAAGUCAACUGCUUCCGAUUUGGACGAGAGGCAUUGGAGUGAUAUCAAUUUCUGUCGCAAAUUCAAGUUGUGGCAUGCCCUGUCCAAGACGCUGGCAGAGAAGACGGCAUGGGCGUUGGCUAUGGACCGGGGCAUCGACAUGGUAUCGGUCAAUGGAGGAUUGGUGAUGGAUUCUGAUCUAUCCAUCAGCAAUCCUUAUUUGAAAGGGGCGGCGGAGAUGUAUGAAGAUGGGGUGUUUGUCACGGUUGAUCUAAAUUUCUUGGUUGAUGCCCACAUCUGCGUCUUUGAAGAUGUUUCAUCCUUUGGACGAUAUUUAUGUUUCAACAAUGUGAUCUCUCACCCUGAAGAUGCCAUUAAGCUCGCCUCCAUGUUAACACCUUCCGCACCUUCACUUCCUCAGAGGUUUGUGUUCUCGUUUUCUAGGAGAAAAUAAUACACGUACUAUUAUAUGGUUGAUUUUUUUUUAUUUAUUUAAGAGUUUGUAUACAUUAAUUUUUAUUAGA